UCCCCAUGAGUACCUCGGUUUCUUUCUUUCUUUCUCCCCUUUCUCCUGUUUCUUGCUGCUAUGGUUCUUUUUCUCGUUGGAAAUCCAUUCGAAAUUUUGGGUUAUCUUGGAGAAACCGAAUCUUUUGGUCGUUCUUGCUGUUGUCGAUGCGAGUAUAUGUCCGAAUACGUCUCAGUGCUCAGAUCUGAGAAUUUUCUCCUUGGGGUUUUGAGGGUUUUGUUCCGGAACGGUAUGCUAGGGCUUGAGGAAUCCGGAGAUAAGCUUGUGGAUACAUGAAGAUGAAGCUUGAGGUUUUUGAUUCAUCGACUGGGAAGGGGAAUAUAGAAGGAAUUAAGUCAAAAAGAAAAAAAAAAGAACUAUUAAUGUUGCAGCGGAUCAACUAAAUUACCCAGCAAACUUGGGUAGCUAAGCUUGUCCGCAUGUGGUGUCUAUCCUAAUAGAAGUCAAUUGGCCAUUCACUGUUUGAAGUAUGUCCUCCAAGAACUAUUGGUCUGGUUGGAAGGAUUCCUUGCAACAAAGUAAGACAGAGAAGAUGUAUGCAUUUGGUGGUUGCAGUAGGAAGAGGAAUAAGAAAACUUCUGUUGCCCCUACUGUAGUUUUUACUCCUGUGCAACCUGUCACACAUGUACCUGUACAUGUUGGUGGCCAUCCACCUACACUACAAUCAUUAGUUCAGAUGUGGCCAAGCCCUCUUGUCAUAUUGUCUCCAACAGUACCAUGGGCUGCACAACCAUCUAUUCCAUCAACAUCGGAACAUUCAUCUGUGCAAAAUGAUCCUGACAAGGAAAGGAUGGCGGACAUGGCAAGUGCUGGCGUUACUACUAUACUGGGGGAUGCUAGUAAUGCAAAAUGGCUACCAAGGGUUGAUAUGUUGUUUGACAGUGAAACUGAUGCAUACGACUUCUAUAAUACAUAUGCUGAGAAUGAAGGUUUCAUUGUGCGAAGAUCAAAGUCAACAGUAUCAACAAAGAAUAUCAUCACUAAGAGGACAUUUGUGUGCUCGAGAGAAGGCUUUCGAGAGAAGAAAAAAGGAGAGAAAGAGGCCAAGUGUCCACGACCUGUAACAAGAAUUGGUUGCCCAGCAUGCAUGACCAUUAGGCUUACACCUAAUGGCAAAUAUCGCGUGACAGAAUUUGUACCAAACCACAACCAUCAACUUGCAAUGGUAGCUACCUAUGAUAAAUUGAGGGCGAAGAAGCUGAGGCGCAAUGCUCGAGUUGCAAGAGCGGAUUUGGUGGAUGAUACAGUGAGGCUACCGGAGUUUGAAAGUGAAGAUGAGGCCUAUGAAUUCUACAGUGCAUAUGCUGGAAGGAUGGGAUUCCGUGUUCGAAAAACAAGUGCAACAAUUAGUGCCGAAAAUGUAGUCACUAGAAGGAUGUUUGUUUGCUCAAGAGAAGGAUUCCGUGAGCAGAAAAAAGGAGAAAAGAGAGUAAAGAAACCACGAAAAGAAUUUAGAACUGGUUGUCCUGCCUGUAUGGUCAUUAGAAUAUCAUCAACUGGCAAAUAUCGCGUAACUGAAUUUGUUACUUUUCAUAACCAUCAGCUAGAAGCUCCAUCAUCCGCUGAGAUCUUGACGUCUGAGACUGCAGAAAAUGGUGCAGAUCAUGUUUUGAACACAGUCAAUGAAUCUGCAGAUGAUGAUGCCCAGAAGCACAUCAAUAGUCCACAAUGUAGUACCUUUGUUCCUCCAGGUUAUAAAAACUAUCUAAGAUCUAAGCGAAUGAAGGCUAUUCAAAUGGGUGAUGCUGGUGCUACAUUGGAGUAUCUGCAAAGGAUGCAAGAAGAUAGCUCAUCAUUCUACUAUGCAAUACAAGUUGAUAAGGAUGACAAUUUAACCAAUGUCUUUUGGGCAGAUGCAAAGUCUGUAAUGGACUUCUGUUACUUUGGUGAUGUUGUAUGCUUUGACACGACCUACAAGGUGCUUGAUUAUGAUCGGCCGUUUGCAUUAUUUACCGGUAUUAAUCAUCAUAAACAGACCGUUAUUUUUGGUGCUGCUUUGCUUUAUGAUGAAAGCGUGGAAUCUUUGAAGUGGUUGUUGGAGAGUUUCAAGACAGCAAUGAGUGGAAAACAGCCUAAGACAAUCUUAACGGACCGUUGCGCUGUGUUAAGUGAGGCGAUAGCUGCAGUUUUGCCAGCUACAAACCAUCGCUACUGUGUUUGGCAUAUUUACCAAAAUGCUAUUGUACAACUAAGUCAAGUAUUUCAUGGAUCGAGAACUUUAGGAUAUGACUUCAGGAGAUGCCUCUUUGAUUGUGAAGAUGAGGAGGAGUUUUUGAAAGAAUGGGAAGCAAUGUGUGGUAAGUAUGAUCUUAUAGACAAUAAAUGGAUGGCUACUCUGUUUGAGGAAAGAGAGAAAUGGGCGUUGGUAUAUGGACGAGAAACAUUUUAUGCGGAUAUGAAGAGUGCUCAACAGAAGGAGAGCAUGAAUACUGAGCUAAAGAAAUAUUUAUGCAACAAAACUGAACUACUGGGCUUUUUUGAGCAUUAUGAAAGAAUACUAUCCGAGAAACGAUGUGCUGAACUACAAGCUGAUAUUAAUGCUAACCAGAGUAACCAAAAGCCACCACCUAUGCGCAUGCUGAGGCAAGCUGCAAAUGUUUACACUCCAGCUGCAUAUAAAAUGUUUGAAAGGGAAUUUGAACUGUACAUGGAUUGUAUUUUGUAUGGUUGCAAUGAAGUAGGGACAAUAUCUGAAUACAAGGUUAUGAUCGAGGAGAAAGCUAUGGAUCAUUUGGUGAAAUCUGAUUCUUUUGAUGGUUCUGUGACUUGCAGUUGCAAGAAAUUUGAGUUUCUUGGGAUUCAAUGCUGUCAUGUAUUAAAAGUGCUAGAUACUCAAAAUAUCAAAGAACUUCCGCCGCAGUACAUAUUGAAGCGGUGGAGGAAGGAUGCAAAGACCAGAGGUUUAAGUGAAGACUCUAUAUUCUCAUUUGAUUGCUUUCCUCAAUCAUCACUGGCAAAACGUUAUAGCUCUCUAUGCCGCAUUUUCAGUAUUGCAGCAGCACUUGCAGCUAAAACUAUAGAUUCGUAUGCAUUCCUUGAAAGCCACUCAGAGGUGCUUAGCAAUCAGUUAAACCAAGUUUUACAAUCAAGAUCCCUCGAGAUGCCUGCUAUGAUUCCCGCCCCAUGCGAUCAACUACAAAAUCCAGUUGAGAGCAUGGUUGCUGAAAGUCUUCGGUAGAAUAAAACCAAUCAGGCAAAUUUUGCGGAUGGUGCAUUUCAUGAUUGCUCGAAUUGGUGGAUUUACAUUAACCAUGUGUCGAUGUCAUUUCCGAUACGGGUCACCAGAAGGAUGGUGACCAUGCAGUUGGAUCUCAGAAGUUCAUUGGAGCUCUGUGUAGUGUAUUUUUUUUUUACUAAUGCAAUUAUGUUGAGUUAUGUAGUACAGGAUAUUGAUUUAAUUUGUCGUUUUAUGGUCACUCUGUGUGGUCUUCUACUGAGACGUCAUUCGGUGCAAUUUUCAUAAAGAAGGUAAAUUUGGUUAACAUAAGAUUAGCAUAAUCAUGAGAAGGCUAAUUAGUGAUAUCGAGGUUUUCAUACUCGAUCAAUUCUCUGUCAGAGCAGUAAGAUUUAGGGUUCAUGGGGUAUCACAGUUUUCCUUUGCCUUCAAUAAACAUGGUUUUGAAUGCUGCUUGUUAUUCAGUCUAUGCAGUUUCAUUUCUUUUCCUCGUUGCACUCAGUGCUGCUUACUAUUGUUGAUCGCAGUAACCUUGAGAUUAACCGAUUAGGGAACUCCGUGAUAUGUAUGGCUUUUCCUUAACAAUUGACUUACACGCUGUCUUUU